GUUUUCCCUGCAGCUUUGUUGCUUUUGGUCUCCUAGCUAGGUGGAGUAGGUUAAUUUGUGAUCAGCAUGAGGCUCACGGUGGCAGUCAUCUGCUCCCUGGUCGCCGUCCAGCUGUGGGUAACACUUCUCGCCGGCGAGCUGAAGGUGGGCUACUAUGACGACAAAUGUUCCGGCGUCGAGGACGUCGUCAAGUCGCACGUCAUCAAGGCUAUCAUCCUUAACAGGGGCAACGGCGCCGCCCUCGUCCGCCUCAUCUUCCAUGACUGCUUUGUCAGGGGUUGCGAUGGUUCCGUCCUCCUUGACGCGUCCGGCGUGAACCCUCGGCCGGAGAAGGUGGCGCCGGUGAGCAUCGGGCUGGAAGGAUUCGACAUCCUGCAGGAGAUCAAGGCCGAUCUCGAGAGGAGGUGCCCCGGCGUGGUCUCCUGCGCCGACAUCCUCAUCUUCGCCGCCCGCGACGCCAGCAGCAUCCUCAGCAACGGCCGUGUCCGCUUCGACGUCCCCGCGGGCCGCCUCGACGGCCUCGUCUCCUCCGCCAACGAGGCCCAGGCGGAGCUCCCGGAGCCCACGUUCACCAUCCGGCAGCUCAUCGACAGCUUCGCCCGCAAGAACUUCACCGUCGAGGAGCUCGUCGUCCUCUCCGGCGCGCACUCCGUCGGCGACGGCCACUGCUCCUCCUUCACCGCCCGCCUCGCCGCGCCGCCCGACCAGAUCACGCCAUCCUACCGCAACCUGCUCAACUACAAGUGCUCCCGCGGCGGCGGCGCCGACCCCGCGGUGGUGAACAACGCCCGCGACGAGGACCUCGCCACCGUGGCGAGGUUCAUGCCGGCGUUCGUUGGCAAGCUGCGGCCGGUCAGCGCCCUGGACAACACCUACUACCGCAACAACCUCGACAAGGUGGUCAACUUCAACUCGGACUGGCAGCUGCUGACGCAGGACGAGGCGCGCGGCCACGUCCACGAGUACGCCGACAACGCCGCCCUCUGGGACCACGACUUCGCCGCCUCGCUGCUCAAGCUCAGCAAGCUGCCCAUGCCGGCGGGGAGCAAGGGGGAGAUCAGGAACAAGUGCAGCUCCAUCAACCACCGCUAGUACACUAAUUCAGACACGACUUGCAGGGUUACGUACAAGUAUGUUGACGACCCACUCUCUAUCGAUAUAUACGAGACAAGAGCGACGCUCUGGUGGUACCGGUAGAAAUAAUCUGAACCGUUUAUUCUUCAGAGUAAAUUAGUAAUGUACUGGUACAGAUUAAGGGUAACUUUGAUCUUUCUCUUUCUCUCUUCUAUGUCAAUUUGUUAUCAUCAAUCCCAUGGUCGCUUCCAUGGCUCCGGGCUCCGGCGCACGUCCGU